ACCAGGCUCGAGGGGGCGUGGCUCUACAACUGAGCACUGUUGUCUUUUAGCUGUUUUAGUUUCUAGGCCAAUGUCUUAGUGCGAACUAAUUCACUCAUCACACCGACCGGCUGGAUUAGAAUCCGGUCGAGAGGAUAAUUUAUCACACAUUAGAAGCAUUCGUUGUGGUUGUUUAGCAGUAGCUUUAAAGCUAGCUAGCUAGCAGGUGCUAGCCAUGGCAGUUUUUUAGCAUCGCUACUAGCUAACUGUUAGCCGAGAGACCGCCGUCAUUUUAAUGUGAAAACGAACAAAGCGGCCCGUGGUUGUAUCUGCUCAUGUCGUUCAGAGAGGAAACAUCGACGUGAAGGUCGCGGAGACAUUGGCCCCCCGACGCUGGAGGACUGACCCCGACGACGAUGGCACAGGCUGCGGACGCCGCUGCGGACGAGUGGCCCUGAGCGGUGACGUAGCCCGAGGAGUUCGCAACGAUGUCCUGCAAAUCGACGAAAGUUGCCCCGAGUGUUGACUUCGACCACAGUUGCUCCGACAGCGUGGAAUAUUUGACGCUCAACUUCGGCCCCUUUGAGACCGUCCAUCGCUGGAGAAGACUCCCCCCGUGUGAUGAGUUCGUUGGUGCAAGGCGCAGCAAACACACCGUUGUGGCAUACAGGGAUGCCAUAUACGUGUUUGGGGGAGACAAUGGGAAGAACAUGCUGAAUGAUCUGCUCCGCUUCGACGUGAAGGACUGCUCAUGGUGUCGAGCUUUCACCACUGGAACUCCACCCGCGCCCAGAUAUCACCACUCAGCCGUGGUCUAUGGCAGCAGCAUGUUCGUCUUUGGGGGCUACACUGGAGACAUCUACUCCAACUCGAACCUGAAAAACAAAAAUGACCUUUUUGAGUACAAGUUCGCCACAGGCCAGUGGACCGAAUGGAAAGUGGAGGGGAGCUUGCCAGUGGCUAGAUCUGCACACGGAGCCACAGUCUACAGUGAUAAACUGUGGAUAUUUGCUGGCUAUGAUGGGAAUGCCAGGCUGAAUGAUAUGUGGACCAUCAAUCUGCAGGAUCGAGAACAUGCGUGUUGGGAAGAGAUCGAUCAGAGUGGGGAGAUUCCUCCAUCUUGCUGCAACUUCCCCGUAGCCGUAUGCAUGGAUAAGAUGUUUGUGUUUUCUGGUCAGAGUGGAGCCAAGAUCACAAAUAACCUCUUCCAGUUUGAGUUCAAGGGCCACAUGUGGACACGCAUCCCAACCGAGCAUUUGCUGCGGGGCUCCCCUCCACCUCCUCAGAGACGUUAUGGCCACACUAUGGUUGCCUUCGACCACCACCUGUAUGUAUUUGGCGGUGCUGCUGACAACACUCUGCCCAACGAGCUGCACUGUUACGAUGUGGACUCUCAGACCUGGGAGGUAAUCCAACCAAGCCUGGACAGCGAGAUGCCCAGCGGGAGACUCUUUCAUGCAGCUGCUGUGAUUCAAGAUGCCAUGUACAUCUUCGGAGGGACAGUGGACAACAAUGUGCGCAGUGGGGAGAUGUACAGAUUCCAGUUCUCGUGCUAUCCAAAGUGUACUCUCCAUGAGGACUAUGGCAAACUAUGGGAGAACCGUCAGUUCUGCGAUGUGGAGUUUAUUCUGGGAGAGAGGGAGGAGAGAGUCGUAGGGCACAUUGCCAUAGUGACCGUAAGAUGUCAGUGGCUGCGGAAGAAGAUCCUGCAGGCUCGGGAUAGGCAGCGACAGAAGGCGAAACAGGAGAGCAGUGAGGAGAGUGAUGAAGGGGCAGCUGGAGGUCCGAGGGAUAUCCCAGCAGUCCACAGGCCGUCAGGCACACAGCCGCUGCUGGAAGUAUCGAUCAGGGAAGCAGAGGCGCAGCCGUUUGAAGUCUUAAUGCAGUUCCUCUACACUGACAAGAUCCAGUAUCCACGUAGAGGUCAUGUCCAGGAUGUUCUCCUGAUCAUGGACGUUUACAAACUCGCUCUAAGUUUCAAGCUUUCCCGUCUGGAGCAGCUGUGUGUGCAGUACAUCGAGGCGUCUGUCGACCUGCAGAAUGUUCUCAGUGUUUGUGAAAAUGCCAACAAGUUGCAACUGGACCAGCUCAAGGAACAUUGCCUAAACUUUGUGGUCAAGGAGUCGCACUUCAACCAGGUGAUCAUGACGAAGGAGUUUGAGCGUCUGUCCACCCCACUGAUCGUGGAGAUAGUGCGGAGAAAGCAGCAGCCCCCUCCCAGGGUGUACUCCGACCAGCCGGUCGACAUUGGGACCUCCCUGGUGCAGGACAUGAAGGCUUGCCUGGAAGGAGGCGGCCUGGAGUUCUGCGACAUUAUUCUGCUGUUAGACGGACAUCCACGACCUGCACAUAAAGCCAUACUGGCAGCCAGAUCCAGUUAUUUUGAAGCGAUGUUCCGCUCCUUCAUGCCCGAGGAUGGUCAGGUCAAUAUCUCCAUCGGUGAGAUGGUUCCCAGUAAGCAGGCCUUUGAGUCCAUGCUGCGUUAUAUCUACUAUGGCGAUGUCAACAUGCCUCCAGAGGAUUCGCUCUAUCUGUUUGCUGCACCAUAUUACUAUGGGUUUUCCAACAACCGACUGCAGGCUUACUGCAAGCAGAAUCUGGAGAUGAACGUCACUGUGGAGAACGUCUUGCAGAUUUUGGAGGCGGCAGAUAAGACCCAGGCUCUGGACAUGAAGAAGCACUGCCUGCACAUUAUCGUCCACCAGUUCAUCAAGGUAUCCAAGCUCCCCAACCUGAGGUCUCUCAGCCAGCUGCUGCUGUUGGACAUCAUUGAGUCUCUAGCUACGCACAUAUCAGACAAACAGUGUGCCGAGAUGUGCUCCGACAUUUAGGAUGACGCAGAGAGCCGGGCUCUUUCCUCCUCUCACAGAAGCCAUAUACUGUAUAUCACAGCUCCGCCUACUGUUAGUUGUUCCCUCCUCCCCGACACACAGUACUUCACUUUAUGUUGGACCUCACACGUCUCCACUCUCACACAGUAUCGAUUUUCUCAAUCUGAAGUGAAAUCAGUGAAGAAACCAAAGUUCUAGCUCUCUGACAAAUGUUAAAUGAUCUACAAAAAAUUCCCCCUAUAUUUUUUUUGUAAUUUAUUUAUUUUGCACACUUGCAACAAAAUGUUUGCAUUUUUUUAAUCUCCUCAGUAUUGCUACUGCAUUAGAAAGAUGCAAUAGAUAUACAGUGCUGUGUUGCCCUCAACUGACUUGUAUUAUGAUGUCCGCUCGGACACGUUCUCUGUCUAAAUACAAUUUAAUCAAAGUAUCAUCGAUUGGAUUAUUUAUCUAGAUCUAUUUAUCACUUGUAUUAAUUUCAGCUCUGGCACAGUUAACAUGCCUGUCGUAAGGAAUCAAGACCAUGAUAUGAAUGUGAUUAGAAUGUAUGUCUGUCUUAAAGCUUUUCUUUCAUUUUCUUUUCAUUGGCAAACAUUUUACUAAUUCUAAUUUGCUCUUUUCCAUUACUAACAGACAAGCUCUAUUUAUUCAUAAAAUAAAGCAGUGUGUGUUUAGCAACACCUGUAUGCCGUUGUUAAAUAUUUACCCACAUGAUUUUCAUGUAUUUAAAGUCUUAAUAAAUCUUCUUGUAUAAAA